UAAUUUACUUGUAGACUCAUGGACUUUUUCCCACCAAAUAAACGCACUGAAGAUUAUUUAAAACAAGUUUUCCUUGAAAAGGAUCUAACUGAAAUAAUAAAACUACACAAGGCUCAGGCAAGCCAAGAAGCAAAACGUGAAUUGCAACAAACUUUAAUUGACGACAUUAAUGAUGAAAAAGCACACUCAGAAAUAACAGCAAAUAUCAAAGAUUUUGCACUGAAAUCUAACAUUCCCGAUCAUGAAGUUAUUAUAAUUAUUUGGUCUACUAUAAUGUCACUCGGCGAAUGGAAUAAAAAAGAAGAACUUGUAACUGAUCAAGCAGUAAGGCAUCUAAGGGGCUACUGCCCACUUUUACAAGCUUUUGCUUCAACUGAUCGAUCCGAAUUGGCACUUAUAUUGAAGGUGCAAGAAUUCUGUUACGAAAACAUGAAUUUUAUGAAGGCUUUCCAUAAAAUAGUUUUGUUGUUUUAUAAAACUGACGUACUUUCUGAAGAAAUUAUACUCAAAUGGUUCAAAGAAGCGCAUUCGAGCAAGGGCAAGAUGCAUUUCUUGGAACAAAUGAAAAAAUUUGUUGAAUGGCUACAGCUCGCUGAAGAAGGUGAGUGUGAACUAAUUAAUUUUAGAAUUAAAAUUAAAGUGUUAAGCAGAAGGCAAUAUUUUGAGAAUAAUUUUGAUUAAUAAAUACAUACUUAU